UCGAGGAGUAAACAAUCGCCAUGCUUGUUGAAUCAUGUCUGGUUCCUCUUGUGGUUCGAUUGACAUAUCAUGCGGGUGCUACAGCCUGCAACGCUGGCGGGCAAGUACAAAUCCGUCGCUUUCGCCGGCUUCGCUAUACUAUUCCUUCUGUCACUAUGGUCUCUUGAAUGGCCAGCGCAAAGUUUCGACCUGUACGCGUAUGUGCAAGAUCCGGCCGAGAAAGCUGCUUUCGAAGCACAUUAUGCCUCUGCUGUUGCGGUUGCGGACCAAUACCGCGCAAAUCCUGUGGAUAAGUCGCAAUUCGGAGAGAUGGGAACGCGAUUGAAGACAAUAAGAGGUUGGAUUGAACAAACAGGAAAUGCCCACAGAACUCCCGACCAGAAAGAAAAGUGGACAACAUUGAUAGAGGACGUGGCUGGGUUCAUGCUACCUUUCAUUCAGUCGCCGAACUCAAGCAGUAUAACUCCAUUGAAGAGCCUGCGCAGCAGUUUCGUGCGCGGCACUAAAGGGCUGGUCAUAACCACGGGCAAAAAGCGUUUUCGAUAUGCAUGCCAUCUUGUUAGCAGUCUGCGACAGGUUCUGAAAUCCAGGUUGCCCAUUCAGAUCGCGUACUCCGGCGAAGAUGAUUUGCCGGAAGAGUAUAGGGACUUUAUCACUGGCCUCGAAUCAGACGUUUCGACCUUCGAUGUGACCACUGUCUUUAAUGACAGCACCCUAGAUUUGGGUUGGGGUGGUUGGGCUGUCAAAGCUUUCGCCGUGCUAGGCAGCACCUUCGAACAGGCCAUAUUACUUGAUGCAGACGACGUCUUUUUCCAGCCUCCGGAGGCAAUUUUCGAUGAGGAUCCGCAAUACCUAGAAACAGGGACUUUGCUGUUCCACGAUCGCUUGCUAUGGCAAGGUGCAUUCAAAGAACGACAUGCCUGGUGGGGGAAGCAACUUGAGAAUACAAAUCUCAGUGAGACGAUCAAACAUUCCAAGGUGUACAUGGAGGGUUAUGCCGAAGAAGGCGACUCCGGCGUUGUGACCGUUGACAAGUCGCGUCUUGGAGUCUUCAUCGGCCUGCUGCAUAUCGCUUGGCAGAACACCAAAGAUGUUCGAGAAGCGUAUACCUAUACUCAGGGAUACGGGGACAAGGAGAGCUGGUGGUUCGGCUUCGAGCUUACGGAAACUCCGUACUCAAUGGAACCACACUAUGCGGCUAUAGUUGGCCAUGUGAAGCUCAAUCAACAAGGACACGAAGAGAAGAGAGUAUGCAGCUUCACCAUUGCCCAUGUUGAUCAUAGGGAUAGGCUGUUAUGGUUCAAUGGGAGCCUCCUCAGGAACAAAGAGAACAAUCCAAUGGAGUUCGAUGUCCCCAGCGAAUGGAUGAUUGAUGCGACAUGGGAGAAAGGAGCGAGUAAGCAGGAUAUGAGUUGUAUGAGUGGUGGUGAAGUUCGACAAAUUGACGUAGGAGCCGUCGAUAUCGUUCAAAGAUCUGUUGAGCUGGCAAAGAAGACCGAUGAGCUCAUGCGCGAAAAAAUACCAGGAUCUUUGCCUUGGUUCAAGCUGGGAUGAUUUGCCGGUACUUUAUAGGGAUUGCUAGAG